UAAAGCAGGAAAAGGCUGAUUUGCCCCACGUGCGCGCUCCUCAUUCCGCCUCGCAGCAACAAGUGUGUACUGUGAUUAAGUAUUGUUUUCGUCGUUUCACCUGCAUGUAUUGGAUAUUUUCUUUGCAUACUUCCACGUUCGUGCCUUGAAGUGAGAAAGGCGCUUUUGGGAUCGCCUUGACCCCUUGGCAUUGAGUAAUAAUGAGCUCAUGCUCAUAUAUCACUUCCCUCGGCAGACCUAAUCCUCUUGUUUGAGGAGAUGCAGCCUCAGCUGGAGAGAAGGACAAGGCGUAGCCGGGCAUUACCAACUCACACCCAGAUUUUGCUGUCCCUGAGAUUGUUUGCCAGUGGGUCCUUCCAAAAUGUCAUUGGAGACACUGCAGACCUACGCAAGCGUCAGCAGAGUCUUUGAGUGUGUGUGCACCGAGUUGAGUGAUAAGUCGGUGCAGGAAAUCAAGAUGCCUCCAACACACCUUGAUCAAAGGAGAACUGCACAACAGUUCUUCAGGAUAAAAAAUCUCCCAAGGGUUACUGGGGCCAUUGAUGGCACCCACAUUGCCAUCAAGGCCCCAGGUGUGGACGAGGCCCUUUACUUUAACCAGAAAAGGUAUCACUCCCUCUCAACAUCCAACUUGUUUGUGAUGCGAAUGGAGUGAUCCUCAGCUACUGCUCCAGACUCCCAGGUAUACAGUAUCAUUGCAUUACAUGUUUACCCAACCAUGUAUUUUAUUGAUUUUCAUGUGACUGCACAUGGUUACUGGUAUUGCAUAAGAAAACAGUGUGAUAAGCCUUGACAUUAGUUAUAAAUGGACAGUUGACAUACUCCUUGACAAGUAAUGAAUCCUCUUGUAGUAUGAAAUCUCACUUUUCACAGGUGUCUGCACUCUUAUGGAGGUAGCUUGCAGUACAGACCCAUCAAGUGUGUGAAAAUAAUUAAUGCUUGCCUGCUCCUACACAACCGCUGCAUGAAGUUCCUGAUGACCUACCACCUCUUGAGGAUGAAGCAGUGCCCCAUGCUGGUGCCGACCCUGCUGUGCUGCAGAGGGGUCUACGUGCUCCAGGCAGAAUUGUGCAGCAAGAAAUCAUACAAAACUUCUUCCAGCAAUGAAGUAAGGAAGUCAGGUAUCAUUUACCUAUGUCAGUAAUCAUGUAAUGAGUGAAGUAAUGGUUUUCCAUGUAUCACUGCAUACUACAUGAAAGAGAUGAGUGCAGCAUUUUAUUUCAUCAAAUACUUAAGUGGCUUGCUAGUAUUAGGUAUGAAUAACACAAAUUAACACAAAAUGAAUUAACACAAAUAAUACAAAAAAUGCUGUAGAUUUAUUUAAAAAAAAUUAAAUGAUUGGUAAUGGCAAAGUUUUUGCAAAAGAAAAAAAAAAUAACAUAUGAGCAUAGUUCAGUUCCUGUAAAAAGUAAAAAAAUAAAUAAAUAAAUAAACAUAUUUAUAGAAAUGCCCACCAGCAGGUCACCACAAAGCACUCUAAUGUAAUUUUUGUACUUUAAGUAACACAAAGGCAUUGUAGGUAUCACAGUGAAGAAAUGCUUUGGUAUUAUAUUGCACUAAUAUUAACAUGACUAGGUUGACUGAUAAUUAAAAGAAAAAUUAGUCAACAAAAAACAUCACUCAAAGAAUACCAGCUUAUUCUCUACCUUUUUUUUUUUUUUUUUUUUUUUUUGUUUGCAGCAGCUGGUAACACUUGCUGAGCACUUCAUUAAUUAAUUCUAUCAUUUACCUAGAGUAGCAUGUUAAUAUUAGUGCAAUAUAAUACCAAAGCAUUUCUUCACUGUGAUACCUACAAUGCCUUUGUGUUACUUAAAGUACAAAAAUUACAUUAGAGUGCUUUGUGGUGACCUGCUGGUGGGCAUUUCUAUAAAUAUGUUUAUUUAUUUAUUUAUUUUUUUACUUUUUACAGGAACUGAACUAUGCUCAUAUGUUAUUUUUUUUUUCUUUUGCAAAAACUUUGCCAUUACCAAUCAUUUAAUUUUUUUUAAAUAAAUCUACAGCAUUUUUUGUAUUAUUUGUGUUAAUUCAUUUUGUGUUAAUUUGUGUUAUUCAUACCUAAUACUAGCAAGCCACUUAAGUAUUUGAUGAAAUAAAAUGCUGCACUCAUCUCUUUCAUGUAGUAUGCAGUGAUACAUGGAAAACCAUUACUUCACUCAUUACAUGAUUACUGACAUAGGUAAAUGAUACCUGACUUCCUUACUUCAUUGCUGGAAGAAGUUUUGUAUGAUUUCUUGCUGCACAAUUCUGCCUGGAGCACGUAGACCCCUCUGCAGCACAGCAGGGUCGGCACCAGCAUGGGGCACUGCUUCAUCCUCAAGAGGUGGUAGCUGUAAGCAGACUUUUGUGAGGGUUUGAGAGGUCUAGGGGUUGGAACCUAACCCUUCCAUUUGUUUAAAGUUUAUGUUGUACGAGAGGAACAGACGUGUAGUUUGACAUUUAGCAUUUUCGUGAUCCAAAACUGGCCCAAACCAUAAUGACUUUCAAGACACCUUUGUAGGAAAAAAACAAAUGUUAUUUUCGUUAAAUGACGGUACACUUCUGACAAA